AUUUCACAUGUAGAAUUUAUCUUUAAACACUAAUUUGCAUAUUCCAGAACACUUCAGUGUGAUAUAACUAAUAUCAAUAACGAAGAACCGUCACGUAUCAGCACAUUCCGUGUUCCGCUCCGUGUUAAUUUAGAAAUAACUGGGGAAACUCACUCAAAAACACAAGUGUAGGAUUGACAUUCACAGGUAAGUAGUUAGUGAUAGUUUUCAGGUUUAAAACUUGACCUGAGCAUCACCAUGAACAAAGAUACCGUGAAGAAAACUCGCCAUGCUGCGGCCCUUCAGAGAGAUCACAGUAGCAGCAUGAUACAACAAAGUGCAUCGCCUGCAAAGGACAGAAAGACACUGAGACCUAAAAGAGAAGUCAGCCCUGAGCAGAAGACCAGAGGAAAAAGGACAAGGGUCUCUGAGAUGGCUGAACCCUCUAACAGCUCAGAGGAUGGCAGGGUGAGAGCUGUUAAGAGGAAAGUCAUAGAGGACAGAGAGGAUCCAUCAAAGAAGCUGACAAAGAAGAGGAGGGGAUCUGUAGAGAGAAGAAGCAACCCAGUAGAAGGCUGCAGCACAACUGUGGGGGAUGUGACCAACAGAGGUGGGAAGAGGAAGGUCGCUGAAGACGGAGAAGGACCAAGACAAAAGAAGAAGAGGACCCAGGAACCAAAGGAGACCAAGAAAGCCUCAGUAGAGGCCCGACAAGCUCAAUUUCACACCAAAUACAAGGAGCAAAAUCAACUCGGCGAAGGAGGCUGUGGAUCUGUGUUUGCUGGAUACCGCACGUCUGAUAAUUUACCAGUAGCAAUCAAACACAUACCACGAGACAAAGUAUUCUGCAGACAAGUGGACCAAAAUGGGAGGCAGCUCUCCGUGGAGGUGGCUGUCAUGCAAAAACUCACAGCUGGAACAACUGGAUCAGUGGGGGCAUCAGCACCUGUGUCCCUACUGGACUGGUACGACCUGGGCCAGGAGCUGAUCCUGGUGAUGGAAAGACCAGUCCCCUCUGAAGAUCUCCUCAAGUACACUGAGUUCAACGGAGGCACCCUACAGGAGGAGGAGGCUAAGACUAUACUGAAACAACUAGUGGACGCAGCAAAAGAACUACAGGACCAGGGCAUCUUUCAUCGUGACAUCAAGGUAGAGAACAUCCUGAUCGAGAUCGGAUCAAAUUCCCCACGUGUGCGACUCAUUGACUUUGGACUGAGUUGCUUUGCCAAGAAGGGAUCAUUUUUUCGCACAUUUUACGGCACCUCUGCUCACAUCCCUCCGGAGUGGUACAGUCGCUGUACCUACAAGGCCGGCCCCACCACAGUGUGGCAGCUGGGGGUCGUCCUGUUCGAAAUCCUCCACAACAAAGCACCAUUUGAGACCAACAAGUUCCUCGGCAACAAAUUGAAAAUCAACAGAAAACUGUCCAAAGACUGCCAGGAUUUUUUGCGGAUGUGCCUGACCAAAGUCCCUGAGCAGCGCCCCACCCUGGAAGAGCUCCAGCGUCACCCAUGGCUCCGAUAAAGCACACAUCCGUAUGGUGUUUAAUUAAUGUCAAAACCAGUGCACAUGAAAACAUUAAUACAAAAAACUGUAUCCUCAAGUAGAAAAGCAUCCUCACACGCCACAACCCAAACGGUCGAGGCAGACGGCCACCCAUGAGUCCGGGUCUGCUCAAGGUUUCUGCCUGUUAAAGGGAAGUUUUUCCUUGCCACUGUCGCCAAGUGCAUGCUCAUGGGGAACUGUUGGGUCUGUGAUACUGUAAUUUCACUUUUCCACUUGGGGAUACAGGGCACAGGUUUUGACAUUAAUUAAGCACUGGUAGGUAAAUGUAACAUAGUUCUAGAGUUCUAUUUUUUUAAUUAUUAUAUUUUUAUAUUUAUUAUAUUUUUAUAUUUAUAGUUAUAUUUCUAUUCAUAUAUAUUAUUCUUUCAUUCAGCAUUUUAAACCUAAUAAAAAAUGUG